ACAUAUAGUUCCGACUUCUGACUAACGACUAACAACUCAUUGUAGACCGGGCCUAAUAAUUACGACUCAUGUCUUGUCGUAAUUGUUUGCCAUAAAAAUUUUUGCCAUAAACUCAGCGAGAGAUCGCUCGUUACAGGUCACAUUUGGCACGCUGAUUACACGGGCGUAUCACGUGAAAAUCCUAGAAAGAUCUGGCACCGACUUUCGGGGGCGCGCGGCACGUGGCACUCUCCUUCGCGACGAGAAUCGGACAAGGCAGUGUUGAGAGUAUAGCAGUACUGAUAAUCUAUAGACGAUCCCAGACGUGUCCAUGUUUUCAUACACAAUAUUCUUAAAGUGUUUUUGAUAAUGGAGGAAAAAUUAACAGAAAUCGGCCUGGAACACCUAAUUCCGGUGUUUGAAGAAGAAAGAAUAGGGUUGGAAGAAUUGCGAUCCCUUAUUUUGGAUAGUAAUGAAUAUAAACAGCUUUUUCUGCGAUGUGGUGACCGAAUGAAAUUAAAUAAAUUAAUGGCUGAAAUUCCUCAAACCAAAGACAAUCCUAUUGAACAUUCCAACGAAAUACUUUUAGAUAUCCCUGAUGUAAUUGACUUGUUAAAAGAAGAAAAUAUAAUAAAUGAAGUAAUAGAAGAAAAUGUGAUACAAGAAAAUGUAAUAAAAGGUGUAAUGAAAGAAGUGGCGUGCACACAUCCAACAAAAAAAAGACAAGAAGUAUUUAAUUUGAAUGAGGUACUGAACUCUUGUAGAACGGGCCAAGCGAUUUUAUCAUUGUACUGUUCUAAAGGAGAAUUAGACAGUGCAUGUCAAAUAUUUUUGGUUGAUAUAAUUGUGCAACAUUUUUUAAAUAUUGAGCCAUUUCGCCGUCUUACAAAUGACGAUUUUGAUUCUAUAUCAAACGAUAUAAUAGAAGUUUUUCCUAAGGAAGUAAAAGAAACCUAUUAUAUUCCACCUAUAAGAAAAUGCAACUCAAAAGAUAAUAGAUGUAGUGUAGCUAGAGGUAAACUAGUGGAUAAGUAUAAAAAUAAAAUUACGUUUCUGCGAACUGCUGGAAUUUUACCACGCUGCCGAAUUAGGAAAGGUUUUUGUGAGAACAACGUGGAAGAGCUAAACAGUGCAGAUUUAAUAUGGCUGGAAAAUAAUUUGGAUCCCUGGGAAGAAGUUAUAGAAAAGUGGGACAAAACCUUUUCUAGUAGACAAAAGAUAUUUAUGUCACAAGAAAAUGUGAAACAAAUACUUUUAAAGUGUCCAAUUAUAAAAAAUUCUAAAGGAUUUUUAUUAAUUGAAAACGAUUUUAAAAAGAAAUUUCCGAAUAAUCAUGGUGAAAUAUAUGUAAGAUUCGAAAAUGUAUUUGAAAAAUUAUUACUCAUCAGCAAAUCCCAUUUGUCUGACAGUGAUAAGUUAAUUUUGGAAAUUAUAAGACACAAAGAAAAUGUAUCAAAAGAUUCUAUGCAUUACUUCAUGCUGUAUUUAAUGUUUUCAUUAUUGCCUUCAAAAUCGGGAUAUAAAAAAGGAACAACUAAUUAGAAGCCUAAUACUGAAGAUAGUCGAAGUGGAGUUGUUGUACAUGUUAAGAUACCUGCUGAUAUUCCCACUAUUAUAGAAGCUAAAACGAAGCAAAUGCAAAAAUAUGGGCUUCCAGUGCAACCUUUCGUAAUCAUCCAAGGACCUACACAUACCGACAUAAAGAAAGUUUUCGUGAGUUUCGAAGAUAUACUAUAUGAAUCAGUCACGUUCUUGAAAGCUUUAGAUAUUUGUUUUCAAUUAACUCACGUAUUAAAUCUUCAUUAUCCAUAUGAAUCACACCACAUAUGGUUAUUUAUUCAAAGAAGUAUGUACAACAUGAAGACAGAAUUUGACAAUAUCCCGAAUAUUAUUAACAUUGCAUCUAAAGUAAAUGCACAAAUUAAUUAAGAAGUUUAUAUUCAUUGAUAU